AAAGAAUUUUAUGCUUCAAAAACAAGCAGAUAUUGAAGCUAUGAACGCUACAAAUUUUGAAUACGAAAAUGACGAUCAAAACAAUCAAACAACACAUUAACUAUAAUCGGGUCACAUAAAAUGAAUUCUAUUUCAGUGAUAAUACCUGUAAGUGCUGAAAAAAAAUAUAACAACCAAAGCGAACUUAUAGAUGAUAUGUUAGAUAACGUGUUUCAGUGCAUGCAAGAACUGGACUUAAAUCCUGACGUUUGCGGUGAAUUGUUGUUAAAGGACAAAAACCACGACGAUAAGAGGUACGAUAACUGCAAGUGCCUCGGCCCGUGCGUUGGAAAGAAAAUGGGAACGAUGAACACGGAGACCGGCAAAUGGAACUGGGCCAAAUUGAAACAGUUAUCGGCUUUGUUGGAUAACGAAAUGCUCAAAAAUGAGGCAGAUAUAUUGCAAAAAAACUGCUUUGAUGAGGUAAACACUCACUGCGUCGCCGGUUACGCGUUCAUGAAAUGCGCCUUGGAACAUUCCCCGAUGGCUAAAGAUAUGGUCAAAAACUAUUUGUCCACCAAAGAAAACACUCCAAAUGAAGACGAAGCCGGAGAAUAACACAAUACAUACCUAAUAUUAUAAACAAUUGUACAAUACUUAAUAAUUAUUAUUAUAUAUUAUAAUGUAUACGCAGUUUAAUGCACUCAUAUAGUAUACGCUUCGUUAUGCGUUUCAAUUAAAAUAUAUACAAUAUAAAUAAAUACAUUAACACGAAAUCAUAAUAAUUUGUACAGAUUUAUAAAUACAUUUUUUUUUUUAAAUUUAA